AUGGUAACCAACAUCUACGACUGUGAGCAAAUAGUUUGUAAGGAGCACGAUAUGGAUAAAUUCAUGGAACCAAUGUGUGAAAUGUUUCCUAAUGCGUUGAAGCGAAUGGUAUGGUCGUGUGACGCAAAUGCUGCUGCAGCAGCAGCAGCAGCUCAUGAUAUCGCCAUUAGUUGUGGCUCUACAGGAAACUAUGUUUCUCCCGACGGCCGGAAAUGGGUUGGGGAUGUGGGUUCACAAUUCCUCUUUCCUAGGAGAACAAAAAUAACCAAAUCUUGUAGCAGUAGUAGUAGUAGUAAUAGCUUUAAUUACUUAACCACCACCGCUAGAAUAUCCACCACCGACUUCUCCUACACUAUCCCGGUCAAUGCAGGGCAGAAGUUUAUUCGUCUUCAUUUCUCUCCAGCUCCAUAUCCUGGUUUUGAUAGCUCCAAAUGUAUUUUCACUGUUAAAGCAGGACCAUACACCCUUUUAAGAAACUUUUCUCUUGAUGCUGCUGCUGCUGCUGCUGCUGCUGAGACUCCUUUGAUCACAAAGGAGUUCUGUCUCAACUUCGACCAACAACAACAAGCAUUGACCAUAACAUUCUCUCCCUCAGUUGCUGCUUCUUCUUCUGCAUCAUCAUACGCUAUUAUCAACGGGAUAGAGAUCGUCUCCGUGCCCACGGGUCUUUAUCACACGCCAGAUGGUGACGACGACUACCAAGGAGGAGGCACUCUUGUCGUUGGCCAGAAACAUCAUCAUAGGUUUCUUAUUGACAACACCACCGCACUCGAGCUUAUUCAGCGGGUCAACAUCGGUGGAAGCACCAUUUCACCCACAGAUGAUGGCAGCACAUUACGGGUAUGGUCGGGUGACAUCGAUUACUGGUUAGAGCCCGGUAUUUCACCUAUUAUAACAGCCAACAACAUCACAUUCAUGAACAAACCACCAGCUUCUUCUUCUUCUUCUUCUUCUUCAUAUGUUGUUGUUGUUGCUGCACCACACAGACUCUACCAAACGGCUAGAUUCGUCAAUCAUGACAUGCUCAAUCUUACAAGAAAAGUAAUGGUUGAUGUGGGAUUCAGAUACUUGAUUCGGCUCCAUUUCUGCGAGCUUGAUGAAGCAGUAAGAGGGAGAGGGCAAAGACAGUUCAAUAUCUACGUCAACGACAGAAUUGCCGAGUCAAAAGCCGACUUAUUCGAAUGGACUGGUGGAUCAUCUAAUUUAGCCCUGCACAGGGACUACGUUAUGACGAUGCAUGGAGAUACGAGGAGGGACGAGGGAAAGCGCAAACUUGUAGUGGCUCUCGAACCAGUCCAGACUGAACAAGUGGCGGCAGCAGGCGCAAUCCUCAACGGCUUAGAAAUCUUUAAGUUGAGCAAUCCCGACAACAAUCUUGCCGGUCACCACAAUUCUCACCAACCUCCACCAUUACACCCAACAAUGCGCAUUUCUUCAUCUAAACCUCCUCCAAUGUCGCUGCUGCUGCUUCUGCUUUACAACCGAGGCGCAAGUGUAAGUGGUCUAAUUGUUUUGAUGACACUACUAAAUAUCGUCUUUUACAAAUUACGCCUUCAAGUAGACAAAUCUGGUAGCAACACCUCCUCCUCCUCCUCCUCGUCGUCAGCCAAAUCAUACCGCAGAUUUUCACUAGAAGAGAUGGUGGUGGCAGCCAACAACUUUGACGAGGCACUGGUGAUUGGUGAAGGUGGUUUUGGUCGGGUCUACAAGGGCGUCAUUAAUGAAAAAGGAGCCAUAAAAGUUGCUGCUGCUAUAAAGCGGUUGAAGAAGUCUGUUAUUAUGUCAAAGCAAGGUGCAGAUGAAUUCUGGACUGAGAUCGAGACUCUUUCCAAGAUCCCUCGUCAUCCUCAUCUCGUCAAUUUAAUUGGCUACUGCGAUGAAGGUGACGAGAAGAUUCUAGUUUAUGAAUACGCUGUUAAUGGCACCUUAGCGGAUCAUCUUCACAGCAAGUGCUCCUCAAGGACUAGGAGCGCGGCAGAUUGUUUAUCAUGGGAACGACGGCUGAAUAUUUGCAUUGGAGCUGCACGCGGAUUAGAGUACCUUCAUAACGGCGCUCCACAUAGAAUCAUUCAUAGGGAUGUAAAGGCCUCAAACAUAUUGUUGGCCGAUAAUUGGGUGCCUAAAAUAUCAGAUUUUGGUUUCUCCAAAGCAGCAUCAUCAACCUCAAACUCAAACUCAAACGAAACCACCCCGGAGAUUAUGGGAACAUUUGGUUAUUUGGAUAUGGAUUAUUUUCUUACACAGCGACUGACUAGGAAAUCAGACGUGUACGCUUUUGGCGUCCUUCUGUUUGAAGUUCUCUGUGGGAGGCCGGCAAUUGAUACAAGUUUUGAAGGAGAAGAACGCAGUCUGGCGUUAUGGGCCCAACGCUGCAUCAAAGAGGGAAAACUCGAUCAGAUCAUUGACCCGAGCCUGACGAAGGUUACACCCCAUUCUUUGAAGGCCUUUGCUGAAGUUGCGUUUAAGUGCUUACACAACAGGCCGAAUGCGCGGCCUAGAAUGCCAGAUGUCUUGCAGAGACUUGAGUUUGCACUGUUAUUAACGUCCCAGAACCAACAUGCGGCAGGAGCAUGUCCCUCCUCGACAGAUACGGAAUUAGAACAAGAAGAAGAAGAAGAAGAAGAAGAAGAAGAAGAUGAAGACUACGAUGCAUUAUUAGAGAGAAGAAGCAGCAGCAGCGCCACCAUUAUUAUUGACAACAUGCACACAGAUCCAAUUACAGAAGAGGAAGGAGACGAUGCUUGUUCAACAGGGUCGUCCCCAGUAUCACCAUCCUUGCAAGAUGGCGGCAUAAUGACAAGAGCAAAAUCACAAAAGAAAACGUACAGCAAGGUUUUGGAUGGCAUUGCAAAAAGCAUGGAUCUUCGCAGGAGGAAACCAGUACCAGUACCCAAGAUCACGGAAGCAAAAAAUUCCAUUAAUAAUUCCUUUUCUUCUAGUGGCGGCGGCAGAACAGCAUGGUGGAAGCAGAGAACAAGGUCAUUUGGAAUUCAGCCGCGACUUUCAUCUUCGAGUCUUCCUGAGCGGCCUUGUCGUCACUUCUCACUAGGGGAGAUGAGAGCAGCCACUAACAAUUUCCACAGAAAUAUGAUAAUUAAGUAUGGCGGUCCAGGUACCGGUGCUGAGAUGUAUAGAGGUUAUAUUGACAACGGCUAUCUACAGGUUGCAAUUGAAAGGCUAGCAACAGCUAACAAUAAGUCCAAAUUUCUUCAAGAGGUGGAGCUGCUGCUGCUGCGAUCCCAACAGCUCUAUCAUCAUCGAAACCUGGUCCCUUUUAUUGGAUACUGCAAGGAUGAGGAUGAGAAUGAGAUGCUUUUAGUAUAUCAAUACAUGGCUCGAGGAGAUCUCUCUAAUCAUCUAUAUGGUUGCGGAACAGGCGGCAAUGAACCGGUAGUACUCCCGUGGAAGAAAAGACUUGAAAUCUGUGUUGGCGCUGCACAAGGACUAGACUAUCUACAUAACAGUAAUCAUCUAGAGAAUCCAAUUAUCCACGGUGACAUCAAAUCAAGUAGCAUUUUGUUGGACGAGAAAUGGGUGCCCAAGAUAUCAGGUUUGAAAUUCCCAGGAGGAGGAGAAGUCAAGUCGGGGACACCACCACGUCCAAUAACAACUAGUAAUAAUUAUAAUGUUCUACAUGAGCUCCCAAAAACAAAGGAGUCUGAUGUGUAUUCAUUUGGUGUGGUGUUGCUGGAAGUUUUCUGCGGCAGGGAAGCAUUGAUUCCACACCUAAAGUACAGGGACCAAAGGAAUCUGGUACACUGGUUCAAAAGUUGCAUGCAAAAGAAAGAAAUGGAUAGGAUUAUUGAUGACAAUCUUAUAGGGAAAAUAGCACCAAAGUGCCUGAGGGUGUUUGUAAGAACAGUAGAAUGGUGCUUGCAGUUUCGAGCUGUUGACAGGCCAUCCAUGGAUGUCGUCUUGAGGAGACUCCAAGAUGCAUUGCUACUGCAACAAGGAGCCGGAGAAGAUCAUCAUAGAUAUACUUAUUAGACUUUGCUGUUACC